GACUCGGACUUCUGAACGAACGACAACAGCGACGACGACGGAAUAAUGGCAACUAACAUUACCUUUCACGAGGGCAUCGUCUCGUACGAGGAGCGCUGCUCCCUGCUCGGGCAGCAGGGCGCGACCAUCUGGCUGACGGGCCUGUCGGCGUCGGGCAAGUCAACAAUUGCGACGGCGCUGGAACAGCACCUGCUGCACCAGCACAAGUCGGCCUUCCGCCUCGACGGCGACAACAUCCGCUUUGGGCUCAACAAAGAUCUCGGCUUCAGCCCCAAGGACCGCGAGGAAAACAUUCGGCGAAUCGCCGAGGUGUCCACGCUCUUUUCCGCCUCGUCGUCCCUCACCAUUACCUCGUUUAUCUCGCCCUAUGCAGCGGACCGCGACGUGGCGCGCAAGCUCCACGAUGAGCACAAGCCACCGCUGCCCUUUAUCGAAGUCUUUGUUGAUGCCAGCGUCGAGGAGUGCGAGAAGCGGGACCCAAAGGGCCUGUACAAAAAGGCACGGGCGGGCGAAAUCAAGGAGUUCACUGGCAUCUCGGCCCCCUACGAGGCGCCGCCCAAGCCAGAAAUCCACAUUGACGCCGACAAGACGUCGGUUGAGGACAGCGUCAAGAUCAUCACCCAGUACCUCCUCGAGAAGGGCUACCUCAAGGUCAACUAAGAUGCUAGUGUGGGAGCUGAGGAGGAGGUUGUAACAUGAAGUAGGAUGCAUUGCAAGGGGAAUAGUAUCCUUGAAAGGGUCUUGGCCUAAAAGACCGUCCUUGUUGCUAUUGCUAUGGGGUGAGGCUGAGAGGAGAGCAGCAGCAGCAGCAAGGUGUCGUCCUCAAUCGAGAAGAAGGCAUGGCGCUGCGACGAGCAAUGGUGCGCGUGGAUUCUUUCUCUUUUCUUUCCU